CUUUCCACCUCUUCGCAAUUGGAAAAAAAAAAAAAAACCAUUAUUGUUUCCAUUCCCAUUCACUCGCCGCCUUCGUCCCCGCCCCCCAAAACCAACAACAAGAAAUACCGAAAACCAAAAAAACCAAACAAACUACUGUCCCCCCACGUCUGGAUCAUGGUGCACUCGACUCGACAUCUUUUUCCUUAGAUCCGAACAAGUGCAGACGCGAGACGCUUCUUGAGAAAGACGACUGUUGCACGUCGCAAUGGGCAAUAGCCAGGGCAAGCCCAUCGACUUGGAUGGUGAAGUCAACCUCAACCAUUUCCGCCUGCUACGAGUUGUCGGCAGAGGUGCCUUUGGCAAGGUGCGGAUCGUCGAAAGAAAAGACACAAAUCUCUCCUUCGCCCUCAAGUACAUCCGAAAAGAUGAAGUUGUACGAUCCGAGAGUGUGCGGAACAUCAUACGAGAGCGUCGAAUGCUCGAGCACGUGAACCAUCCUUUUAUCUGCAACUUGCGAUACAGUUUUCAAGAUAUCGAAUACAUGUACCUAGUUGUCGAUUUGAUGAGCGGCGGUGACCUACGAUUCCACAUUUCGAGAAAGACCUUUACCGAGGACGCAGUGCGCUUUUGGAUUGCCGAACUGGGAUGCGCUCUUCGGUACAUUCACAGCCAAAACAUCAUCCAUCGCGACGUGAAACCCGACAAUGUUCUCCUUGACGCCGACGGCCAUGUGCAUUUGACCGACUUUAAUGUCGCCUCCGAUAUCAUUCCUGGAAAGGUUUUGUCGAGCAAGUCGGGCACGCUGGCAUACCUUGCCCCCGAAGUGUAUGCCGGCAAGGGCUAUGACGUGCGUGCAGACUGGUGGUCACUGGGUGUCCUCUUCUAUGAAUGCAUAUACAACAAGAGGCCAUUUGACGGCAAUUCGGAAAGCACCUUGAGCCAACAAAUCCAGCUCGCCAAUCCCAAAUACCCUAUCACUUCACCGCCCGUCAGCUUACCCUGUUUAUAUGCCAUCCGAGAUGCCUUGGACGUCAACCGCGACAAGCGAAUGGGCUCCACGUGGGAGAGUUUUACCAAGCACGAAUUCUUCAUGAUGAUCGACUUCGAGGCUCUCGAGCGGAAAGAAAUCGAGCCUGUCUUCGUUCCGGCUGCCGACAAGACCAACUUCGAUGCCACGUACGACCUCGAGGAGCUAUUGUUGGAGGAGGCUCCCCUCGAAGCGAGAGCCAGACGACAGAAGCCUCGUGAGCGGCUAAAGGAGGACGCCUCUGACAAGGAAAUCAGAGAGGAUGAACUGUACCGCAUGAUUGAAAACGAGUUUCGUCCAUUUGACUACACGUUGGCUGCAUACAAGAAGUAUGGACCUGCUCCUUCUUUUCCCUCAGCUCCUCGUACUGACACUUUUAGAAUCACUGGUCAAGUCGACGAAAGUGGAUACGUCAAUGGCGACAUGGUAAUGAUGAACCAGCCGCAGGCUUUGACGACCGAUGAGGCCACACCCGUGGCAAUGGCUACGAAUGGGGGGUCGUCGAAAGCCGCGCAGCCUCCAGGCCCGAUACGAAAAAGCUCAAGCUUGGAAAAGGCGCCGGGGAGUGGUCAAGCCGGCGUGCCUCGUCGACCAAUCUCCAAACCACCCCCGAUACCACACUACCCCAGCCAGUAUUCCACCCAGAAGUCGAUGCCGCCGGGAGCAGGACAGAGGGUCACUAGCCCGACUGGCGGCAUGCAAGUCACACUGGAUGGUGGCGGCAGCUGGUCUGACCUCGCCCGGCAGGAUGCCACGCUACCAACGGACGCCAACACAAUUAGCGAAAGCAAAUCCGAAAGCUCUGGCGGCGUGUUCGGCUUCCUCAGGGGAAAGAAGGGGAGAGGACAUAGCCCGAAGCCGAAGGAAAGAGGAGUAUUGGGUAAAGAAGGUGCAAGGCAAGUCAUUGGCUAGAAGACAAUGGCAGUCUAUCUCAAGACUUGGAUAGAUACGCAGGGAGAGAAGGAUCGAUACCCGAGGAACUAAAGAAUGCAUGAGAGGGCUACUUACCAAGGCACUGCAGCACCCAGGGUGCGGAUUGCCCAAGGACGGCCAGAUCGUGGCACGCCAACACCCAAUAUCGGAGUCCAUGC